UCUCCGUUUAGUGUUGUUUUCUAUGAAGGAAGUAGCAUUACGUGAUCAUUAUGUACGCGUUAUAAAUAUUUUAUUGCCCCUACGUUUCGCUUAGCGACCGUACCCCAGUGCAAUCGUUGCUUUAUAUUUAUGGGUUUAUGAGCGCGAAGUGGAUUUUUGUGCAGAGUUUGUUAAGCCCGGUUAGCAAGCUAGCAAUCGAGCUAAGCUAAACUAGCUACAUGUACUGUAAUCCGUAGCUAACUGGCGGAUAAAAGCGCAUUUACGAGCAAACACACACAGAUCCUUAGCUGUCGUGUGUAGCUGACGGUCGCUCCUGCUCGGUAGUUAAGAGGAUGAGUUGAAGACGCGAAUGUGAUUUAAUGGUCUCUUUUAGGGAGAUCAUCUUCAGGAGAAGGAAUGGACGAGCAGAAGUCAAACUGCGAAGAAAAUGAUUCAGAAAAAGCAGCUGAUGACAGUGCCUCUACAAACGAGACCGUCCCGUCUCAGGGGGAAUCAGAAGCCCCUUUUGCUGCAGAGGACAUCUCAGGCACUACUGUGGACCCUUCCAUUGCACCAGCGGAGAUUGUCAGAGCUUGUGCGCUUUGCAACUGUGUUGAGAGAAGUCUUCAUGGACAGAGGGAGCUCCGGUGUUUCGGGCCCUCUUCCCUUUGGCCCGAUCUGGAGCCGUCUACCUCCUCACUGCCAUUAGCUGGAAAUGAUGACCUGUCUUCCAUUGGCUUCUCUGAACCCAUCAGUCCUGCGUCUCUUUUUGAUGACAAAGGAAGCUGUUGUGUUCACCACUGGUGUGCAGUAUGGUCAGAAGGGGUGCAAAGGGGCGAGGGAGAAGAGCUGAUAAACGUGGAUAAAGCGGUCAUCUCAGGGAUACAGCAGCCGUGUGAUUAUUGUAAAAGAAUGGGUGCGACCAUCAGGUGCCGUGCUGCAGGUUGCUCACGGUUCUACCACUUCCCUUGUUCGGCUGCGAGCGGAUCGUUUCAGUCCAUGAAGCAGUUGGCUCUUCUCUGUCUCGAGCACAUAGACCAGGCAGAAGAGAUGGCUGGAGAGGAGGCGCGCUGUGUGUUAUGCGACUCUGCUGGCGAUGUGCAAAGGUUACUGUACUGCACAGGCUGUGGGCAUCACUACCAUGAUGCGUGUCUUGAGAUCAGCGCCUCACCGCUCCAGCGCUCUGGAUGGCAGUGCCCAGAGUGUAAGGUGUGCCAAACCUGCAGGCAACCGGGGGAAGACACCAAAAUGCUGGUCUGUGAUGCAUGUGACAAGGGCUAUCACACAUUUUGUUUGCAGCCAGCCAUUGACUCUGUUCCCCCUGACUCAUGGAAGUGCAAACGGUGUCGUGUGUGUAAUGACUGUGGAGCUCGAGGCCUUACUCUCCCAAGCUCUGCACAGUGGUUUGAGAUCUACACACUCUGUGAAAGCUGUCAGCGACGGCGUGUAUCUGUCUGUGGGGUUUGCAGUAAGGUCACCGAGUCAUCCGUCACACUACAACACCGCUGUUCCAUCUGUCACAGGUGGGUACACAGUGAGUGUGCCCAAGUCUCAGAACCUCCAGACGAAAAAUGCAUCUGCAUUAUCUGUAGAGAAGCACAGACUGUUGUCUCCGUAACGGAGAGAUCAUCUGAACAGGCAGAUGAAAGAACAGAUCCAGAGGAACCCAUGGAGUUGGACAAAGAAGCUGAGGUUGGCGAAAUGAAAGAAGUUCACAAGAGCAUUACGGAAGAAGGAUCACAGCCAGAGAACGUUCUGGUUUCUGCUGAUCCACAGGAGACACAUCGGGACUUUACCGAGGAGCGGGUCCCCGUGGGCGGGGUUUCAGGUGUCGGUGACAGCGGAGGCACACACGGCUGUAGCGAACCUGUUGCUGAAGAUGCUGUUAGUAUAGAGGACGAACCUAAAGCUCAGGCCACAGCGGACAGCCUCGCUAACCCUGUCACAGACACUACGCUGGAAGCCGAACCUAAAGUAGCAGAGCCCCAUGCAGAAGAUGUUCAGCCACAAGAGGACGCCAGCGGACAGGAGGGAAAGGAAUCGAGCGGUAAAAUGGACGUCGCAGUAACGGAACCGACUCCAGUUUCUUCCUCUUCCUCACCUUCUCGUCAGAUCCCUCUUCCUGCUGUUUUAGAUGAGGCAGAGUCUGUCGCCAUGGAAACCUCAGAGGCAGGGUCAGAGGUGCAGAACGAGGAGGUGUCGGACAGGACUCCUCCCCACAUUCCUCACAUGGAACCCUCUGCCUCGGACACAGAUGACCGAGCAGGUCAGUCAGAGGAUGAAGAUGACGAGGAAGAGCUGUUGGACGAGGCGCACUGUAAGUCCGAAGACGACCCCAAGCAAGAGGGUGAUGCUCAGGAAACCGGCAUUAAGUCAGAACUGCUCUUGGACGAGAUGUCCAACAUGAGCCACGGUGAUGAGAGUAGCAGUGGCUUCCUAGGCUCACCAGCAGAGGUGGACUCCCAGCUGUUGUCCAUGGACCAUAGUGUUGUGCCAGCAGGCCGGGCGCGCUCCGAUUCUUUGCUCACUGAAAGUGACGAGUUUUUGCCCUUUGAUGCUCUCAAGUGUGACGGAGAGAAGUUGAAGCGCAGAGGAUCUCCAGGCCGUUCCAGAGUAAAACAGGGCAGGGGCGGCGGAUUCCCAGGAAGGAGGCGGCCCCGAGGUGGAGGAACCGGUAGAGGACGAGGACGAUCACGCCUCAAAGCUAUGGCCUCUUGCAUCGAUGCAUUUUUACAAACUAUGAAUACAGAAACUGGAAUCAACAAAGAGGAUGAGGAGGAGGAGGAUGACACAAUGCAGAAUACAGUGGUGCUCUUCUCCAACACUGAUAAAUUCGUUCUUUUGCAGGACAUGUGUGUAGUAUGUGGCAGUUUUGGGCGAGGUGUGGAGGGCCAGCUGUUAGCUUGUGCUCAGUGCUCCCAGUGUUACCAUCCAUACUGUGUAAACAGCAAGAUCACCAAGAUGAUGCUAAGAAAAGGUUGGCGUUGUCUUGAGUGUAUCGUUUGUGAGGUGUGUGGGAAGGCCUCUGAUCCUGCAAGGUUGCUGCUGUGUGAUGACUGUGAUGUCAGCUAUCACACCUACUGCUUGGAUCCACCACUGCACACAGUGCCAAAGGGGGGCUGGAAGUGCAAAUGGUGUGUGUGCUGCAUGCACUGUGGGGCCAGCUCACCGGGGUUUCACUGCGAGUGGCAGAAUAACUAUAACCACUGUGGCCCUUGUGCCAGUCUGGUCACAUGCCCUGUAUGUCAUGAGAACUUCAUGGAAGAAGAACUGCUUCUGCAGUGCCAGCACUGUGACAGAUGGGUACAUGCUGUAUGCGAGAGCCUUUAUACUGAGGAUGAGGUCGAACAAGCAUCUGAUGAGGGCUUUGCCUGUACAGCUUGUACUCCGUAUGUUCCCAGACCUGUUGUGCAAUCACCAAUGAUGUCAGCUUUCAAAAUAAAGGAGCCGGAGCCGCAGUUCUACCGCCUGGAGGGUGUCUGGCUUACAGAGACGGGAAUGUCUUUACUGCGUAGUAUCUCCAUGUCACCGCUGCAUAAACGCAGACAACGGCGUUCCCGACUGGGUACCAUAUGUAUCGAUGGAGCUCCUGAUGGCGAGCUGAAAGAGGGUGAUGGUGAUGGAGAGGAGGGGAAAGGCUGCGCUGAGUCAAUGGAGUGCGACGCUAAACUGGAAGCUCCUGGCAGCCCAGAUCGUGAUGGUGGUGUAGACAAGGAGCCUGGGGCAGAUGGAGGUAUAGAGGGGACAGCUGACUGUGACGUUCUUAAAGGAGCAGAUGAAACCGAUGAAGGAAAGAAGCGGAAGCGGAAACCGUACAGGCCAGGCAUUGGAGGUUUCAUGGUCCGGCAAAGAAAAUGUCACACGCGGAUGAGAAAGAGCCUGUCUGCAUCUGGUGACGGUGUGUCUGAAGGACAGGCAACAGAAACAAAACUCGAAGAAGGACCUCAUCCUGACAUGGAUCCACCUGAUGUUAAGGCAGCAGAAGGAGAUGGUGAACUUGCCAAAAAACGUAGAGGGAGGAAAAAAAGCAAAUUGGAAGACAUGUUCCCUGCAUACCUACAGGAAGCUUUUUUUGGAAAGACAUUGCUUGACCUAAGUAAAAGGGCUUUUCUGGCCCCUCCAGCGCAGAGACAUUGUCAGGGUAUGCCACGACCCUCGUUUCCUGCUCCUAGCUGUAGACCCACAGUUUCAGAAUCGGUAGAGGUUGAAAACCGAAUACCUGAAGCAACCCUGCAGCUCAGGCGAGAGGGUGAUGGCUUAAAGCCUCAAGGAGAGAAAUUAAUUGCAGGAGCAGGUGAGCAACCCUCUAUCAGUGAUCAGAGUUCAGGUGACACCCCAGCCUCAAACGUACAGAGAAAUGGAGGUCUUCCACAGGCGACAGAAAAACAAGACUCUGAGCAGUUCUUCCGUAAGGUCCUUGGACCCUCUGAAGGAAGCACUCUAAGUGGCACGAUUCAAACUAGUAUGAGGCCUGUCCUAGAAGGGGAGAGUAAUCGUAGUGGUUUGUCUCUAAGAAACCUUCCUGGUGCUUCCACAUCUGGCUCACUGCCCUCGGCUAGUAUAAUGGAGCCAUUUCAAGGACUCUCCCAGUCCCCAUUUUUUGAUCCACCUGAUCGUGGUGGAAUUUUCAGUCCAGAACAGGAUGAGGAAAGCCCUUGGGCAACACCUUCCACUCCAGCCACGCCGACUACACCUCCAACUCCUACCGAACAGGAAGGAGAUGGCCUGUCAUACAAUCAACGAAGUUUACAGCGCUGGGAAAAAGAUGAAGAACUUGGAAAUCUAUCUACAAUUUCUCCUGUACUUUAUGCUAACAUAAAUUUUCCUAAUCUCAAGCAAGACUACCCUGAUUGGGCAAGCCGCUGCAAGCAGAUAAUGAAGAUCUGGAGAAAAGUAUCAGCAGCUGAAAAGGUUCCCUUUUUGCAAAAGGCCAAAGAUAACAGGGCAGCUCAGAGAAUUAGCAAAGCACAGAAGCAAGCAGAGAGUCAAGUGUUAAGGCCUAUUAAAACUGAGCCAGUACGAAUUAAAGGGGAACGACCCAGUCUGCACCUUCAAAUUCCACCACCCUGUGGCUCUCUUUCCACUCCCUCUCAGCCAAGCUCUGCUGGGAGUGCAUUUCCCUUUACCCCGGAUACAGCAUCCUCAGUUUUUUCUCCAGAUGGAUCUCUGAAGGCCUCAGGUUCAUCCGAUGUUCAUGGUGACUCCUUUCCUAAGCCUCCAUCUCAGUCUCCGCAUGGUCAAUCUCAACCAUCGACACCUUAUUCACAGCCUUCCUUUAGCCCUCUGCAGGCCUCCUCAGGUUACCCUUUACCUGGCCAACAGGGUGCUCCUCAGGGACGGCCGACCAGUCUUGGUUCCCAUGAUAUGCAGCCAGGAAUGCCUCGCAAGGCUCAGCAGGUUGACCCGUUCUUUAAACCUCAGCAGCAGAUACUUCCACCCCAAACUCAACAGGCCUCUCAGGAACCUGUUGGCCUACCUGAGAGUCCUCGACCAAAAGCAGUUGGGACUGGAGACCCUCCUUUGUUCUCCCCACCUCAUACAGCUCUCCAUGGAGACCCAGUGCGUGGCCGACAGGAGUACGCUUCAUCUUCAUCCCCUUCUACUGUUGCUUCUUCGCCUGGAGGUAUGCUUCAAAACAGGGCAGACAUGAGUGUCCCUUCUCCACGUUCUUCUGCUGGCCUAGGCACAAAUUCCCCCGCAGGGAUGUGUGACUCUGGCGAUGGCCUGUUCAAAGCUCCUAUGACGCCACGCAUGCAUCAGGGUGAUGCUGGGACCUCAUCUGCUCCACUUCCCCCUAGCCUAUCUCCUAACCAUCCCCCCGAGAGCUAUCGCCAGUCUCCCUCUGCCUUUUCUGAUUCCUGUGUCCAAUCUCCUCUUACACCCCGCCCCCAAUCAGGAGAUGGUUCAUCCUCUUUGCUUCAGAGACUGCCUAUACAACAAGAAUCUUAUCCAAAAGUUGCCUCUAGCCCUCAGUCACAGGGGAGUUCUCCUCUUACUCCAGGAGCACUCUCUAAUGACGGACACUCUGCGCAGUCACCAGCUACCCCACGAUUUCAGUCUCCAGACCCUCACUCACGGCCACCCUCACGACCUCAGUCCAGAGAUCCUUUCACCUCAUUGCACAAACCUCCUCGCCCAUCCUCUGCAAUCACAGAGGCUUCCUUUAGAGGGUCGCCUCAGUCCAACCAGCAGACUCCUUGUUCACCAUCAGUAGGAGAUCCACUAAGUGGAAAACCGUCUGGACCACCUGGUUUUAGCCGCAGCCCCAGCAUGGAUACACUUCAGAUCAGCCAGCAACAAGCAAUGGGUUCAAAACAAGUAACCAGUUCCCAGCAAGCUCAGGUUCAACUCCAGCAAUCAGCAUCUAUGCCACCAACCAUGGCUGCUGAUUUAAAUGCCAAGACUCAAUUACCAGUUGGAAAUCAAGAUACACAUCAUUUACCAGUUAUACCAAGCACCCAAGAGCUGCCUGACCUUUCAGCUGGACAGGACCAGUCACUUAUUGGUCUUAGUCCUUCAGAGCUUGAAAAGCACAGACAGAAACAGAGACUCAGAGAAUUUUUCAGACAGAAAAUGCAAAGGAGCUCAGUUCGGCAAGAAAAGGAUGCAAAUGCUCCCAUGAACAAUGUUCCAAACUGGCAAGAAGGUGAAAUGGCUGUUUUUCAACAUGAUAAAUCCCAGCGAGCACCACCUCCUUAUCCGCAGGACAGAGCAGCUGUCUCUCAAGUUGCCAUUCCUGGCAAGCUACCUCUACCUAUGGGAACAGCAGAUGAGAAGCUGGGCCACCCUCCUCCUCCCCCUCCUCUUCCUGGAACACCUGGUAUCAUGGACCCAAAUGUGCUAAGGCAAGCUGGUGCUAAUGUUACCCAGGGGAUGUAUCCUCGACCACCGUUUCCCACACAGUGGCAAGGUCAGGUUGCUGGACCACGGAGGCUCCCACAACCAACCAUGAUGGAAAUUGGACCCAGGCAUCAUCUUAAUGCGCCUUUAAACAAUCCUUUAAGUAUGCAAGGCAUGCCUAAUCCUCUUGCUGUGUCACAAGGCACCGGGUCCGAGACAAUGCAACACUCCAUGUCAGGACCCCCACCCCAGUUCAUAGAAUUAAAACAUAAUGCCCAGAGACUACCAAUGGCAUCUCAGUUUUUGCCAAGGCCAUCUCAGCCACGGCCACCAUUUAUACAACAGCAGGAGGUGCCUGCUGGGUUUGUUCCAGCAUCCUUACCCCCUUCUUUUGCUGCUCCGGGAAAUGGUGGGCAAGGUCCCAGACUUGGGUUGCCUCAAGCUAAUUUGGGCCAAUUAAUGAGACAGCAAACCAAUAUUCCUCCAUCCCAACCACAACUGCAGUCUCAAAACAACUCUGAACAGAGUCAGAGUUCUCAAAACAGUGCUGCAGAAGAAACUGUUGACUUACCAGAGGCCGACCUUGAGGAUCAUUUUGCAGCCAAAGAUCUUGGAGAAACAGGAGCAGAAACUGGAGUUGAGGAUGAGGAUGAUCUUGCACUCGAUUUGGAUCCUGAUAAAGGCGAUGAUGAUUUGGGGAACCUUGACAAUCUUGAAACAAAUGAUCCACAUUUGGAUGAUCUGCUUAACAGUGAUGAGUUUGACCUGCUUGCAUACACUGACCCUGAGCUUAAUCAGGGUGACCCCAAGGAUGUUUUUUCUGACCAGUUACGACUUGUUGAAGCAGAAGGUGAGGGUUCAGGCACAAAGGUGGAAGAAAAGCCUAAAGUUAGUAUAACUGCAAAGCAGUCACUCACAGCUUCCACACCACUACCAUUAAAGACUGAGGCUUCCACACCUUCCAACAUUUCUCUUCCCCCCAAGGUAGAGCCCUUAGAUACCAAUAACACAGUGAAGCUUGAAGAGAAAAGCUCAAUUUGUGCUCAACAGUCAGCGCAGACUCCGGUGAAAGAUGAGAUGGGUGAAGCAGUCUCUUUGCUUCUAAGUGGAACACCGUCCAAGAUCUCAACUGAGUCAGAGAGUUCAUCUGCCUCAUUAAGCACUGUCCGCUUGGGUGGUGCUCCAUUUCCUCCCCCUAACCAAGCUAAUGCUCUGACUUUUCCUCCAGCUACACCCCAUCCAGACCUACCCGAAGACACACUUUGUCUGCCAGAUGGGGGUGACCAGCACUCACCUGCAGUUGAUCUUGACAAAGUAGAAAGCUCACUGGAAGCAAGUGAACUGCCUUUAUUGAUCCAGGACCUACUGGAGCAUGAAAAGAAGGAACUUCAAAAACAGCAACAACAGCAACAAUUGAAUGCUCUACAAGGGGGACUGGGCAGCCACCUUCACAAUAUUCAGAAUCAGCAACAGCCUUCUGGGGGACCAGGCCAGAUCUUACUACCCCAUCACCGUCCGCCUCAGGGUCUUCUGAGCCAACCAGGAAUGGUACCAAGGCCUCCUCAUAUAUUAGCCCCGCAGCAACACAGGAUGCUUAGUGCACAUCCAGCAGUGAUGCAACAACAAGCCAUGAUAAGAGCUGCACAGCCGGGCAGCAUUCACCCGGCUCUCGAUCAACAGCAGCAAGCAGCACCACCUCAGCAUCAUCCAAAACCUCAAACUGUCCCUACUAACUUCUUCCCAGAUAAAGAUUUGGAUAAAUUUAUGACUGAUGACAUGGAUCCCAUUGCUAAAGCCAAGAUGGUGGCUUUGAAAGGAAUCAAAAGAGUGUUGACUCAGGACCCAAUGAAUGUACCUUCUGGCAUUAAUAGACAACAGGUAUCUCUCUUGGCCCAAAGGUUGGCUUCAGCACCAGGAAAUGCAGAUGCUCAGGGUGUCAUUGGAUCUGGACCAUCUAAGGAAGGGGAAAGCAGUGACAAGGUUCAGCCACGACCUAAUCCUCCACAAUUUGUCCAAGGCAUCAUUAAUGAUGCUGAACAGCACCAAUAUGAAGAGUGGCUUGUACACACUCAGCAGCUGCUACAGAUGCAGCUAAAAUUUCUGGAGGAGCAGAUAGGAGCACAUCGCAAAUCUCGCAAAGCACUUUGUGCUAAGCAGCGUACAGCUAAGAAAGCAGGACGUGAAUUUGCAGAAGCUGAUGCUGAAAAGCUGAAACUGGUCACUGAAGAGCAAAGUAAAAUCCAGAAACAGUUGGAUCAGGUACGUAAGCAGCAGAAGGAGCACACCAAUCUGAUUGCUGAAUACAGAAGUAAGCAGCAGCAACAUCAGCAAGGCUCUUCCAUGCUAGCACCUGGUCCCUCAAACCAAGCACCCCACAUGCUUUCUAAGAUGCCAGGACAGAUGAUAAUGGGUCAACAAGGAGGGCCAAUGAUGGGUCAAGUACCUGGAGGGAUUCCACAAGGGGGAAUGCCAGUUAGAAUGCCACAAGUCCAUCCAUUUCCAGCUGGCCAAACUCCUCACCCUGGAGCACUUGGCACUGGGCCACCUGGCCCCACUGGUGGAUUUUUUCCACAAGGGACUGGUGCACAAGGACCAGAUCCAAGGGUUCUCCAGGAAAGGCAGAUGCAAAGGAUGCAGAUGGUUCAAAAGCUGCAACAGCAGUUCAUGAUGGGACAGCAACCUGUGGCAAAUCAAAGCCAGCAGUCUGUUAUGAGUCAACAGGCUGGACCUAUUGGUGGCCAGGCACCUCAAGCAUUGAUGAGCAAUGCAGUAAUGGGGCAGCAGCAGCCAAACAUACAACCGGGAAUAAUGUCUACCCAGCAACAUCAACAAGGUCUUAUGCAGAUUCCUCAGGGCAUGAUGGGAAACCAAGCAGUUGGACCAGCACAAUCAAACAUCAUGGCCCAGCCAAUGACUCCGAACCAAAAUAUGAUGACGGGCCAACAAGCCGUGGCUGGAAAUCUACCAGUGCAGCAGCUGCAGAGACCUCAGGGUUUGAUGGGGCAACAAGUUCCCAGUGAACAACAACAUGUGCUUAGAGGGCCACAGGGCCAGCUAACUGCUCAGCAGACUAUUUUGGCACAGCGUAUGCUUAUUUCACAGCAACAGAAUACAGCAAAGAAUCUAGUACAGCUCCAACAGCAGCAAAUACCACAGCAGAGACAACUGACACAAAUGGGUGGACCAGAACAGCAAGGGACAAUGGGAACACCCCCUUCUAGUGGUGUUCAAGGAAAUGUUGACAUUUUGCAGCAGGGUGCUCCAGGCCUCUCUCAAGAUAGGAGCCCAGCUCCUAAAGAUGGUGGAAUUCUUAGUCCCAAAACCCCACCCCAGCAAGCUGGAUCUUCAACACCAGGCCAGAUCCAACCUGGGGCAAGUGGAGACCCUCAGGGGGCAGUUAGUCAGCAAUCAGCAACUGUUGCUUAUGUGGUUCCACAACAGCUGCAAGCAACACAGCAGCAACCAGGACAAAAUGCUGGCUCAGCACAACAGCAUAGCUAUGUGAAUAACCAGCAGACUGGUUUACAACCUCAAGAACAGAUGCAACUUGCCUUACAACGGCAAAACUCUGUUAAUUUGGAACAAGUGAAACAGGAAGGUCAACAAAUGUGUUAUGUUGCCCAGCAGCUACAACAAGGCGGUCAAAAUGCUGCACAAAUUCAGGGCAUGCUAGCACAACAGAGUGGACAGAAUCAGGCUGUAAUACCUGGUAAUCCAAAUCAGCAACAAGAUGUAUUGGCCCAACAACAGCUAAAUAGAAAUCAACAAAUAAUGAUGACUCAAAGGGCCGGUGCACCCCCCGGACAAAUACGAGCUCCUAUUAACAUUCAAGCCUUAAUUGCACAGAACCCUCAGUUACGGCACCUACCUCCUAACCAACAGUUGCAGCAAAUUCAGGCAAUAAUUGCUCAGCGGCAAGCUCAACAGCAGGGUCAGAUGCUGAGACUGCAGGGACAGACACAGGGCCAAAUUCGAGGCCCACAACCUGCUGGUCCAAGAAUGCCAGGGCUUGAGGCACAGCAGCAACACCCUUAUGGGUUUGCUGCUAAGCAAGGACCAGUUGGACCUUCACAGCAUCAAGGAGUUAUUGGACAGCCCUCUGUCAUGGCUCCACAAUUUCAAAAUGCUGCAUCGUUGCACCCUCAACAAACUUCACAAGGAGUAUCGCCUCAAUACAACACAACCACCCAACAACAGCAGAUGAUGAUGCAGCAGCAGCAUCAAAUGUUGAGAGGCCACGUACCUUUGGCAAGACCAAUGAUGAGUCAGGUUCGUCCAACACCUCUAGGUCACAUGGCUAGACCAAUGUCUCCUCGUCAACUUAUGGGUCAGGGAUCACCUGGUAGCCCUCAUUCUGGUCAGCAAAGACAAAUAAUGGGUAUGCGCCAGACUCCACCAGGUCAAGGGCAGUGUCUCGGUGUAAGAGCACUUAGCCCCUUUCAGGUUUCUCCUUCCCAUGUUGGUUCAGCUGGCUCUUCUGUUCAAGAAGCUGGCUCAAGUCCAGCAUCAUUUAGUAAAAAUGAUUUUGGUACUGCUUCUCUCUCUAACCACCCAUCACCCGCAUCUAGAUCAGAUUGUGGAGCUGGAAAAAACAGUCCGUUUAGUAAUGCUGGAACGACAGCCGCCUCACCAUUAAGAUCACCUAUAGCUAAGGCCCCACAAGAAGUCUCUGGCCUUAAGUCUGAGCCCCUGGUUCCAGGACCCCAAAAGCCAAUAACUCCUAUUCCCCUUAAUGGCCCAUCUCCUAAGUUAGUGUCUAAUUUGCCACAGCAGUCAGUUUCGGGAGCUGUUGAUGGUGAAGUAUCUAAUGAAAGGGAUGUGUGCAAAAUUACACUGCAAAAUAUAAAACAGGAACCACGAGAGGUAAAUUGUGACUCAGGAGAUAGUGGAGAAGCUUCUUCUGCAACUAUUAAGCGAGAAAUCAUUGGUGAAUCCAUUAAUACCAGUAAUAUCUCAGGCCCUGGAAAUCUGCCAGACGACAUAAUGGGCCAAAAUCCCAGAACAGAACUUCUGCAGAAACUUCUUCGAACCAAGAGUCUACAAUUGCCAUCACCGAGGCCAUCUGAUGGUAUCCACAAUGAAAUUAAUGGACAUAUUAACAGUAAGCUGGCAAUGUUGGAGCAAAAGCUUCAGGAGACACCACGUAACAUGGAGGAUCUCCAAUCAAUUACUAAAAGACCACCUGUAACAAAAGCCAAGCGGACUACAAAGGCUGGAGAGCGGGGAGCAAGUGCUCGCAAAAAGAACAAAAAAGAUGAGGUUGGAAAAACAGAAGCAAUAAUGAAGCAACUUAAACAAGGACUGUCUCUUCUUCCUUUGAUGGAGCCUUCUAUUACUGCUAGUCUGGAUUUGUUUGCUCCUUUUGGCAGCAGUCCAGCUAAUGGCAAAACACAGUUGAAAGGCUCUUUUGGAAAUGCAGUAAUAGACAAUAUUCCAGACUACUAUUCCCAGCUCCUUACCAAGAAUAACCUCAGCAAUCCUCCAACACCACCUUCAUCACUUCCCCCAACUCCACCUCCUUCGGUGCAGCACAAGCUUUUGAAUGGAGUGACUGCAGUAGAGGAAUUAGCAGAGCCGCAGAAAGAAAGGGGAAAUUCAGAGGAUGCCACAGACUCCGUUGCUGAGGAAGUAAAGAGUGUCGACAUACUAGCAGCUCUUCCCACUCCUCCACAUAAUCAGAAUGAAGAUGUGAGGAUGGAGAGUGAUGAUGACAGUGAUGUUCCAGACACCAUUGUACCUGCAUCAUCACCUGAGAGUCAGUUUGGGGACGACACAUCACGCUUUCCUCACCUUUUAGAACUUAAAGAAGAGGAGGAACAUAGAGCCCUUUCUCCUGUUAUUCCCAUGAUUCCACGCUCUGCGAUUCCUAGUUUUGUAGAAUCCAAACCAUUUGAGGCAGUGGAGGGAAAGGCUAGUUCCUCAUCUGCUCCCUGGGAUAAGGCCAAAAGCAACGAAGUGUCUGUUACCUUCACACUCUCUGCAGCUGCAGCCAAGAAUCUGAACUCUGUGAUGGUGGCAGUUGCCCAACUACUGAAGGUGCGUAUGCCAGGGUCCUAUGAAGUGGCUUUCCCCCGGAGUCCUGGUAGAGCAGGUGGUGUUGGUGCUGGAAAAACACCUGAAUCCACCAACCCAGGACCCCUGUAUGUUAAGACUGAUCCAUCUGCAAACCAAGAUGCGGAAUGGCUUAAGCAGUUUGAUGUUUCCUUGCCAGGCUGUACUCUGAAGAAGCAAGUCGACAUUUUGUCUUUGAUUAAACAGGAAUAUGCUGAGCAAGAGGAUCGACCAGCUCAGCACUGUUACAUGACAAAUGUGUCAGACCUGGAUGUGCGCCAUCUUCCUGUCAUUCCUGUUGAGGUAUCUCCUCCACCUUCACCUUCACCACCUCCACCACCAUCACCUCCUCCACUACCACUCCCACCACCACCAUCUAUCUGUGCUGAGCCUGAACCCGUCACCCAGUCUAACCCUCCCGCUCAACAAGAACCUGAACGAGAGCCUCCUGCUCAACUCAAGUCACCCUCCUCUUCUAGCCCUAGUGCUCCCAUUAAAACAGAGCCGCCAAGUGAGCCUUUGACAACAGAUCAGAGCGCCCCUGUUAAGACUGAGCCUGAGGAGAUCGUAUUAGCCCCUCCGGUCGCUCCAUCUGAAGAGUCCGCUCUUGUUGCAGCCUCUGGCUCAGCAUCUCAGGAGUCUUUGAUUAUGGAGAUCUCCCCCAAACCCAUUAAGCAGCGCAGAGCUUUCUCAGAGGAUGAUGAAAUGCGUCCCAAAAUCAAGAAGUGGAAAGGUGUGCGCUGGAAACGCCUUCAUUUGAUCAUCACCAUUCGUAAGGGCAGCUCCAAGAAGGAGAACAGUCGAGAGGUGUCGGAGCUCAUGGAGCGCCUGCGUAUCACUCUCAGACCAGAAAAGCUGCCACGUGAUAAGCGCAAGUGCUGCUUUUGCCAUGAAGAAGGCGAUGGAGCAACCGAUGGUUCAGCUCGUCUUCUUAACAUUGAUGUCGAUCUGUGGGUGCAUCUUAACUGUGCUCUGUGGUCUACCGAAGUCUACGAGACUCAGGGUGGUGCACUCAUCAAUGUAGAAGUCGCCCUUCGACGCGGACUUCGCACGCGCUGCGCAUGCUGCCAGAAGACCGGUGCCACCAACAGCUGUAACCGUCUCCGCUGCCCCAACGUCUACCAUUUUGCCUGCGCCAUCCGAGCACGCUGCAUGUUUUUCAAGGAUAAAACCAUGCUGUGCACCCAGCACAAGCUGAAAGGCCCUAGUGAGGAGGAGCUCAGCAACUUCGCCGUCUUCCGGAGAGUGUACAUCGAGCGAGAUGAAGUGAAACAGAUUGCCAGCAUCCUUCAGCGCGGCGAUCGCAUACACCUCUUCCGAGUUGGUGGGCUCAUCUUCCAUGCCGUUGGUCAACUCCUCCCCUCGCAGAUGGCUGCUUUCCAUUCGCCUACUGCCAUCUUCCCUGUAGGUUACGAGGCCACGCGCAUCUACUGGAGCACCCGUGUGCCAAACCGACGUUGUCGCUACCGGUGCCGCAUCAGCGAGCAGGAUGGCCAACCCUUGUUUGAAGUGCGCGUGCUGGAGCAUGGACAGGAAGAUUUACACUUCCGGGACAGCAGUCCAGACGGCAUAUGGAACAACAUUGUGCAGAACGUUGCCAAGCUGCGUGAAGAAGCAGCCAUGCUGAAGCUCUUUGCCGAUCAUGUAAAGGGGGAGGAAAUGUACGGACUCACUGUCCAUGCAGUCAUGCGCAUCACUGAGUCGCUUCCAGGAGUGGAGAACUGCCAGGAUUACACAUUCCGAUAUGGCCGCCAUCCUCUCAUGGAGCUUCCUCUUAUGAUUAAUCCUACUGGUUGCGCCCGCUCUGAGCCCAAGAUUCUCACGCACUGCAAACGGCCCCAUACACUGAAUAGCACAAGUAUGUCCAAAGCCUACCAGAGCACGUUUACAGGAGAAAUCAACACGCCCUACAGCAAGCAGUUUGUUCACUCCAAGUCCUCACAGUACAGGCGGUUGAAAACUGAAUGGAAGAACAAUGUGUACCUGGCUCGCUCUCGUAUCCAGGGACUUGGCUUGUAUGCAGCUAAAGACUUGGAAAAACACACUAUGGUCAUCGAGUACAUCGGUACCAUCAUCCGUAAUGAGGUGGCAAAUCGACGGGAAAAAAUCUACGAAGAGCAGAAUCGUGGGAUCUACAUGUUCCGCAUUAAUAACGAGCAUGUAAUAGAUGCCACCCUCACUGGCGGCCCUGCUCGCUACGUGAAUCAUUCCUGCGCACCGAACUGUGUUGCGGAAGUUGUGACGUUCGACAAGGAAGACAAGAUCAUCAUCAUUUCCAGUCGUAGAAUUCCGAAGGGUGAGGAGCUGACCUACGACUAUCAGUUUGACUUCGAGGACGAUCAGCACAAGAUCCCUUGCCAUUGCGGAGCCUGGAAUUGCCGAAAGUGGAUGAACUAACGGGGAGAGAGAAAGUGCGAGACAUGCCUUCGCUCCCUGGUGCCAGAACACUUCUGCGCCAAAGCCUCGUUUUAACAUUACUACCCAGAUCAUAAGCUGUCCUGAAACAAGAGGGAGAGCAAACGUUUGCUCUCCAUCAGCUGAAAAAAAAAAAAAAAAAAAGACUUUUGAUAUGUACCAUCAGGAGCCAAAGCUUUGAAGAGAAUAAAAUUCAAAGCUACGACUCGUUUUUCUGAUGAGCUCAACUGUUUGCUUGAAUCUUCUUGUUGAAACUCGCCUCUGCCAAAAGCACCUCCUUCCUACUUCCUCUACUGUUCUUCUUCAAUAAGCUGGCUGGAAUCAAUCCUCUCGACAUCUACCAAAAUUUCUGACUUUGUAUCAUAUCAAUACACUUAGGGUAGAACUCAGUGAAGAAAGUUUGAUUAAAGCCAUUCAAGUACUGAAAAAUUAACUAAUACUUUAUCUUUGGACCUAUCUUUUAUUGUUUGGUUGGUUUUUUUUUUUAUUGAUUUUGUUUUUCUCCUCUUUUUUUUCCCCUCCUCUUCCUACCACCUUGUCACCCCAGAACAACACUCUCCCAUCAAGUCAGCAAUGAAGAUUGACAAAAUGGAUAUUGGCAAGACAAUCCUGGAGUGGCUCAGACCAGAACUAUGUACCUAUUGUGAACAAGAUGUACGAUAAUAUAAAGUUUAAAUGCUAUUUGACCUGUGGCUCAAAAAAGGCACCAGAUUUUAGAGUUUUAUUAUAUUGAGUUUAAAGGUGGGUUUGGUUGACCCAGUCUACCUCAUUGAGUUUGUGGAAAGUGACUGCUUUGUAUGAAACUGUUAAUUGCUACUGUGCAAAGGCGAGGGGAGGAAAGUUUUCAUGGCAGUCGCCUUUCUUGGUUAAAGCAGGGAAACUUCAGCAGCUGGUUUGCUCCUCUCUGUGUUGCUUAUUAGUUACAGUAGUGAGCCAUUUGCAACUUACCACAAUACACAACGACAGAGCCUCUACGACAGUCUUUCAGCACGAUCAUGCAUUAUUCAGAGCAAUCAACAACCAAAUGGGUGUCUAAGUCUACAAGGCCACCUAGUCUAAACGACUGUAGUUCUCAUGUAGCCAUUUUCCUUUCCAUUACCUGCCUAUUUGCAGCUAGAAAUCAUUCUUUUUUUUUUUUUCCCUCAUAUGUAAGCGCACAACCAAAUCCACUCUUACCCAGACAGACUGAGUAACAGAAUGACAUUCAACUGAAGCAGGGUGCUCUUUUUUUUCCCUUUUCCUUUCUCUCUGUUCGAUUCAACAACCCUCAACUGACAAAGAUUGAUGCCUGAGGCUCUUGACUAACAAAUUGUAACUUACGAUGCAAGACUACUAUUUUUUCCCCCUUUUGUCAUGUUCUUCAUUUUAAUUUUAAAUACCCCAUGUUUUAUAGAUCUCCAUCUUCUCACUCCGAACGACUCUUCAUAUAUCUCUUUGUCUUUGUAAUACUUAGUGGACUGUUGUAAACUUACUGUAGUGAGCCUUUCUCUGCCUGAGCGCAGGCAGGCUGUAUAAUAACCCGUAAUACGGUGUGAGAGCUGUUGGCACUGUUAUUUUUUUUUUUUUUCGUGAGGCUGAAGCGAAGGCUGAGAAAGACUUUUUUUUUUU